UGCGGAUGCCCUGAUCCAUGAUUGCACUGGAACAGGGAAGCAGUCACUUACUAGAAUACAUUCCGCCCGUUUCCUAUCCUAAUCCCAUCCGGCUACUCUGCAAGGUUGUUACGAGUAGAGCCGGCUCUAUUUGCUUUCAACAAUGGGACUUACUAGUUUUGCAAUCAUUUUACUGGUUUCAACAUGGAUACUUUCUCAUCUAAGAAACCUUGCCCGCAAUUAUGGUGCAGCAAAGGCUCUUGGCUUGCCGCUCAUCAUACACCCCUUUGAUCCUGACAGCGUCACUUUCGCCCUCCUCUCAGAGCCACUCCAUACCAUCCUAGUACGGAUACUCCCAUCUUCUGCUUAUGCAUACAUUGAACCAUCGUUCAUCGGCUGGGAGUUUCAUAACAAAGGUGCGAUUCACCAGCGAUUAGGAUCAACAUUUGUCAUCGUCACGUCGGGCAUCAACAGGCUAGUUUCUUCCGACCCGGCCUUGUGCUCAAAUUUUAUGACGAGGAGAAGAGAAUUUGUGCACACGGAUAUCUCCACCCGGGUCAUGGGUAUGCAUGGGCCAAAUAUUAUUACCGCGACCGAGGACGCUUGGUCUCGUCAGCGCCGCAUCGUAGCCCCAGCCCUUAAUGAGCGCAUCAGCUCGGAUGUUUGGGAUGAAAGCAUAGAGCAAGCCUAUUCUCUUGCUGACGUUCUGAUGUCGUCUUCUUCUUCAAACCCUGUCGAGGACCGGUCUACCGACACGGUAUUUGGCCUUCGAUCAAUCGCCAUCAAUGUCCUCUCCCGUAUUGCGUACGGUAGAGGCAAAGAAUUCACUAUCUGGAAUCCUUCUUACGAUCCCAAGGCAGACAUAUUGUACGUCGAUGCCAUCGCCAUAUGUACCGAUCUCUUGGUCGCUGCAGUCUUUAUCCCCGCCUGGAUUUUGGGGCUGCCGAUCAUGCCACUUUCUUUGCAGACUCUGGCGGCAGCCCUGCAACGACUGCCCGAUCUGGCCAAAGACAUGCUCGAGCAGGAACGCGAGAGGAUCUCUUUUUCGCCUGUCGAUGAGACGACUACGAUGAUGGGCAACAAGAAGCGACAUGAAACCAUCAUGACAACACUCCUUCGGCUGUCCGACCAGGCAAAGGAGGAGGACGCGUCUGGGCAGGAAAAGUCUUCGGCGACCAACGGAGUCAGUGGCCUCGGAAACAAGACAUACCUCACCGAGCCGGAAAUACAAGGGAACCUUUUUGUUUUUACAGCAGCUGGCUUUGACACCACUGCAAACACGAUGGCGUACGCAGUCACGCUGCUGGCAGCGUACCCACAAUGGCAGUCCUGGAUCCAGGCCGAGAUUGAUUCUGUCGUGGGAUUUGUUGCUCGUGCUCCCGACGGGCAGUCACAGUUGCCUGAAUACGGCCAAACGUUUCCGAAACUGAUUCGUUGUAUGGCUAUUAUGCUGGAAACCUUGCGUCUCUACCCGGCCGUCUCGCUCCUGCUCCGCAAGAUCACAGUCGACCAAACAAUCUCCUUGCCGGGCUCGCCUUCUACCGAAGCAUCCCUCAAGGCCCCCUUCAUGGUCCAGGUCAACGUGAUGGGGUUGCACACAAAUCCCGAGGUCUGGGGCCCGGACGCCCUCGAGUUCAACCCCGGACGCUGGCUGCGCCAGGACCCGGACACUCCCGGAGACCACGUGCUCAUGACGCCUCCCAAAGGUACCUUCAUCCCCUGGUCUAUCGGCCCGCGCAUCUGUCCAGGGCAAAAGAUGGCGCAGGUGGAGUUUGUGUCGGUCAUGAUGAUGCUCUUUGGGCGGUGCAGCGUCGAGCCCAUCCCCAAGGACGGCGAGAGCUUGGAGCAGGCGAGGAAGCGGAUCUUGGUUCUGACCGAGGACAGCCAGCCGGUGCUGACGCUGCAGAUGAACAGGCCAAGGGAUAUUCGCUUGAAGUGGAUGAGACGGUGAUCUUGGGGGAUGGAAGUGGAAAAUUGAUAUUAUCGAUGUUGGAAGGGAGGAUCUCUGAAAUCACAAAGCCCCCAUUGAUCAUACAUAUUUAAAAAAGCAAUUUAUGUCAUGAAAAUCGGUUGAGUUGUUCCGUCUUCAGAUGCC